CAUAACUUUAUUACUGUACUAACCUAUAGUGUUUAGCUCCUGCAUGGACUGCGACGACGCCUAUUGGUGGAUAUUCUGCGGGGGUGCAUGAGUUAAGCCAAUGACACGCCCUCGUUUUCGUUGCAUGGCAACGCAUUCGCUUGUGAGUGUUUUCGUUCAAGGUUGUGCUGCAGAAGGCGCCUGCAUCAAUGUAACGACGUGCCACAGUAAGAUACUUUAUUACGCAAAUUAUCUGGAAAAUAUGUAUCAAUCCGUGUCGAAUGUCGGGAAAUGAAGCUGGCAAACCUCACGAGUGCUCUUGAAUGCCAAAAGAUACGCAAACAUAUAGGCAUUAUUGAAUAGAAUGUCUCCUUCAAGACUCUACACGGCAUCGGUCAUGCCUCCUCUGCCUUUAAGCUCUUUCAAUGUCUCAAGCAAUUUCUGCACGGAAGAAAAUAUCUCUGAGUGCAUUCUAUACAUCAAUCAGGAGUUUUCGUCCCUGUGCUUUCCACCAAUUUCCCAAAACUCAGACAGUAUUCGUGAUCUGGAUGCUGUAGUUGCCCUAAACAACAUAUAUGACUUGCUUCAGCUACACCGUCGUGCUGUUGGAAUGAUGGAGGACCUGGAGGUGGAGCAGCUCAAGUCCAGCAGUGACCUCCACUACCAACAUCUCACCAACUCCAGGCUAAAGGACCAGCUUGAACUUUCGAAAAAGGAAAACAUUCGCUUGCAUGAGCGAGAGCGUCACCUGGAAACAAAUUUAAAGACUUUGCAAAACUGCCUAAAAGAUUCAAAAGAAGAGGUACAAAGGCUGCAGGGUAUCAUUGCAAGUCGUGCCACACAAUACAACCAUGACAUUAAGAGAAGAGAAAGGGAGCACAACAGAGUAAAGGAGCGCCUCAAUCAACUACUCAUUGCCAAAAAGGAAAAUAAACAAGGAAUGGAAGUUUUGAAUUAUGUUGGAAGGUCGGAUGGUAGGAGAUGUCUUUGGAAAACUGGAAAAACUGAAUCCAGACAUGAGGGAGAUAUGUACAAAACUCUUCUCAAUGAAUUUGAUAACCGUCAGAGGGAGCUAAUGGUGGAAAACAUAGAGCUGAAGAAGGUGCUUCAGCAAAUGAAACGAGAAAUGGUGGGGGUUUUAAAUUCAAAGAAGUUAAGCCAAAAGGAAGAGAAGCAAAGCAAUGAUAUGGAUCAGUCGACUCUGCAGACAAAUUCUGAUGACGAUGAACAUUUGAAAGGACCUCUUGAUAUGUCAUGUGAUCAUGCUCGGGAGAAACUCACCAACAGCAUUCGUCAGCAGUGGAGGAAACUCAAGCACCAUGUUGAGAGAUUAGACAGCCAAGCAUUCAUGGUGCAAGAUGGAGACAGUGAAGAGAUGAUCUACAAACAACUCCAUGAAGAGGAGAUGGAGAGGCUCAAAAUAGAAAUCCAGCAGUGCAAAGAGUUUAUUCAGACUCAACAGCAACUUCUCCAACAACAGCUCAACACUCCCUGUGAUGAGGAGACUGCAGCUGUUCUGAAUGAUUCUUACAUGCUGGAAGAGAAGGAACGCUUGAAAGAAGAGUGGAAAGUGUUUGAAGAACAGAGGAAAAACUUUGAAAUGGAAAGGAGAAAUUUCACAGAGGCUGCCAUCAGAUUGGGCCACGAGAGGAAGUGUUUUGAGGAUGAUCGUGCAAUGUGGCUCAAACAUCAGUUUCUUAACACAACAUUUGCAGACCAGAUGAAACCACAAAGUCGCAUGGCUGAUGAAUUUUCAAAGCAUUCUGGUCGUGAAGAGAAGCUCAUUUCAAUUUCUGGUAAAGUGAGCAAAUCUCAUCUGUAGUCUCAUCCAUGGAAAUGCUUGCAAAUGAACCUACUUUUCUUCCAACACCAGAGGAGAGAUACCGGGAACCAAUAUGAAUGUGAAUGAAGUCUGCAAGUAUCUUUAUGAAGAACUUUCAGCAUAUGGACAUGAAUAUUAAAGGUGCCAUAGAAUGCAUUUAUACAAUAUUUUAAAUUGUUCUCUGAUAUCUACAUAGAAGGUAUGUGGCUUAGGUAAGGGCAAAAAAUCUCCAGAAACGGUUUUACAUGUCCAUUUACAACCCUUGGAUUUGUCCCUAGAAUGAAAUGGUCUAUUAUUACCUUAUUUGGAAGGGUCAUGAAUAAUAAUGUUGAGCUCUGCUCUGAUUGGCUGUUUCACAGUGCGGCGCAAUGUUGAGCUCUGCUCUGAUUGGCUUGUUUCACAGUGCUGCUCAUUUCAGUAGCUCACACAGCAGGAAGGAAACACAGGGAAAAUGUAUAUUUCAAUACUCUCUCUCACAGUUAUAUCGUUGGGUAAUUAUACUGUAAAUAAAACGAGGGCAUCAGGGAGCCGCUAUUAAUAUGCGGGGCAUUGAAACUGCUUUCGAAUGCUUGAUCGCUUUUUAGUUUCACUUUCACUUUCGAGAUUCACGAUCGCACGUACUCUGUUUAUACUAUGGAGCGGCAGUACUUACCACACAUUUUACAAGAUCAGAUGCUUGUCAGUGGUGCUCAGGAUCUGUAAAUCAUUCGCCAUCAUCCUCAUUCAUCUCUCCUUACUCUGUUUAUGUAGUAAGUGAAAUCUUAUGUACUGUAAUGUAAUAGGCUACCGCUAGCAAUACGCUAAUCAUGUCCCUUUAGUGGCUCGCGUUAUUUUAUUAGAACGCGUUAUUUGCUUUCCGUGUCUUUCUGAAUACAGACAAGUCAAGUCAAGUCACUAUCAUUUGUAUAGCGCUUUUAACAAUGCAAAUAGUGUCAAAGCAGCUUUACAUCAGCUUGAUAUAAACUUAGGUGGCUUUAUAUCAGCUUUACAGUAUUUAGACGGGGAAAUAGUUUGUCGACACCAACCCACCAACCCAUCCGUGCGCUUCACAUCCCCUGCACAGCCUGGAACAUAACAUUUAUUUCCAUGAUCUACCAUUUUCACUGUUAUCCUUGCUUGUUUCUUCACAAUACCUGCAGAACUUCUGAUGGUUCGACUGGCGGCUGGCCUAGAACAUGGGUGGGUAUAUGCAAAUGUUGGGAGCAUACAUAUUAGUGAUCCCGACUGUAACGUCACAGUCGGUGUUAUGUUCUGAUUAGCCUAUUUUUCAGUGGUCUUUUGCAUUCACGAGAUUUACAUAAGGAGGAGGAAACAAUGGUGUUUGAGGCUCAUGGUGUGUCAUUUCCAUGUACAGAACUGUUAUUAUUCAACGAUGCCAAGGUAAAUACAGUUUUCCAUUCUAUGGCACCUUUAAAGGGGUGGUUGAUUGUGAUUUCACUUUUUUUAACUUUAGUUAGUGUGUAAUGUUGCUGUUUGAGCAUAAACAUUAUCUGCAAAGUUACGACGCUGAAAGUUCAAUGCAAACAGAGAUAUCUUUUUAAAUUAUGGCAGUUUAAUGCCUACAAAAAUGGCUUGUAGGGACAACAGUGAACUUCUUCCCGGGUUGGUGACAUCACAAUCCCAGACAUUUACAUAAACCCCGCUCCCGGGAACAUGCGACAAAGGGGGCAGGCCAUGUUGCGCUGCUUUAGAGAAGAGGAAUAGUUGCUGCCAUGCCGUCAAAACUAGGGGUGUACGAAAAAAUCUAUUCACUGUAUAUGAAUUGCAAAAAAUAUGAAACGGAUUCACAAGUUUCAAAAUCAAUCUUCUAAAGCAGCGGUUCUUAAUCCUGUUCCUUGCUUCCCCUUGCUCUGCACACGCUCUGCAUUUCUCUCUCUCUCUCUCACCUGAUUCAGCUCAUCAGCUCCAUCAAUGACCUGUGUUCCAAUUAUACACUUUGUGUAUAGACAGACAGACAUUUUUCACAUAGCUACGAGAAGCGUUAAACAUGGACGCGCACACAGUUACUGUGGUAGCGAGCAAUACUUGCUGGCAAACACUUCUUUUACAAAAUAAAAUUUGCUUUAAAGAAAUGCUACAAUGCAAUCAUGUAUUCUGCUGUAUUAAAGCUUUAAUCGGGAUAAAACCAUAUAUUAAAAGCUAACAUAAGCAGUAGCACUUACAAAUAACGUAUCUUGAAGUAUGAGACAACAAUAAACAAACAAAAAAACAUGCCAUUCUGAAAUGUCCUGUAAGAGCCGUGCUUGCACAGGUUCAGCACAAUCUUCUUCACUAAUAUUAUCUGGGUCUCAGUCGGGCUCAAAUUGAUAAGCAAUAUUGAAACGCCAUUGUUUACAAUACAACUGGAGUGCAUUCUGAGGUGAGGGGUGUGACAUUUCUUGACGUGCACUAGGCAGUUGAGUGAAUCACAACACAAUAAGACAGCUAACCAAUCUGAGCUCAUUGUGUAUUUCAAAAUCAUCAGAGCAUUCAUAGGAGAAGGGACAGAGCAUUGUAAAAUAAAAGGUAAAUUAUGUGAAAAAUAAGGCCUUUAAAAAAAAAAAAACAAGCAUUAAGACAUGUCAGACUGCACCCCAUAAACACAAUCAAGCCUACAAACAAAGCAGUCAACCACCCCUUUAAGCAGAAUUGUGUGUCAAUUUAUGAUAGGAUUGUAAGAGUAAAGACUACUGAAUAUUAUAAGCCUCUGAAUUUUUUUCGUUUUAAAAGCAUUGUUUAAAUAUCAUCAUAUAGAUUGAUUAUUGAUCAUCAUCAAUAUCUUUUUGAAACAUUUUGCAUUUUUAUUUAGAAAUUCCAUAUUCAUAUUGUGUUUUGCUAAAAGAAAUUAACUCUUUAUAUUUCUAGUUUUUGAUAUGUUGUAGUUCUAUUAGUUACAGCUUUUAUGGCUUGCCCACAGUUCAUUUUUAGUAACUUAUUUUUUGUUACUGAAUAUACUGUAUAUUAUGGUCCCUUCAAUCUAAGUUGUAAAGAAUAAUGCAUUUUAAUCUAGAUCAAAUAGUUUGUCCACUGAUUGCAUUGUGUAUUUGCAUUUGAACCUACAUUUCACAUAUUUUUAGAUUUUUUUGUAAAUUAUCACUGUAGACCAAUGUGCACCAUCAUUGUUUAUAUGAACUCCUAAACCACAAAGUUUUCUUGUUGCAUGUGGAUAGAGUGCUUAAUAUAGUCAUAUAUUAAUUAAUAUAGUCAACUUAUCAUACUUAAAUAUGCUAAGAACUGAUUCUAAAAUGAAUGUAUUUUAGAUGUAAAACAUACUAAGAAAUGAGCUUAUAAAGUUGCAGUGCUAUGGAAUAAGACACAGUGUUUCAAAAUGCUUUAUUCAGUAUUUAUUCAAAUAAAGAAAGUAACUCGUGGAAUAAUAACAGUUUCUUAUUUAAAAAAACAAAAACAGGGUAAUAGUACCCCUGUUGUCACAGGGUUCUAAAUGCAAAGAAACAUUUAACGUUUUCACAUAUGAUGUUUUAUUAAAAAGGUUUGGAGGAGCACGGUCAGAUAACCAAUUCAGCUUAACUAGCACUAUGUGUAUAUAUAUAUUAGGGGUAUAACGGUUUACAAAAUUCACGAUUCGGUUCGAUACAAUACAGUGGUGUCACAGUUCGGUACAUUUUCGA